AUGGCAUAUCAUCACAAGUCUGGGUAUCAAAAAGCUAAAGACCGUGAAGAUAAAAAGAAACGUGAAGAAGCAAUCAUUUCAAAAACUGUUAAAAUAACUGAGCUUUUUCCUACGAUUAGUGUCAAUGUCAAUAGAGAAGACCCACCAUCGAAUUCACCUUUACCAUGUGUUGGUCAGUGUGGUUUGCCUGGUCAAUUUGGUCAUGAAUUUGAACGUGAUAACAGUGUUGCAGCUGUAUGCACUCAAUCUAUCUCUCACUCUGAAUCUGAUGAUAUGGUAGACGCGGAGACACUUUCUCAGAAACCAGAAGCACAAGCUGGUUCCAAAGGUUCCAAAGAUGACAAUUCCUUUUCCACUGACAUUGGGCAAUGGUCUGAAGUGGAAAUCAAUGAUACAUUCUGUAACUUUUGGGUAACUCGUGGCAGUGAAUGUUGUCAACAUUCAAAUGCUGACUUCACUAGUUCAAUGCAAAUUGAUGGAAAACAGAUGCGCUACUGCUCACAGAAUCUCUUUUAUCGUGUUCAUUCUCGCAAUGGUGAGAAAGUCCCAAGGUCAUGGUUGUGUUAUUCACCAGCAACAUCUCGCAUUUACUGCUUUGUAUGUAAAUUAUUUUCUGCUGAUGAUAAUUCAUUCUUAAGGAAUGGUUUUUGUGAUUGGAAAAAUGCAGCUUCACGAAUACAGUCACAUGAAAACAGCAUUGCACAUAGAAAUGCAACAAGCACAUUCAGCCAAAGAGUACAAGUCAGAGGAUGUGUAGAUUCAGCUAUAGUUGAGCAAUACAGACAGGAAUGUGCAUAUGCAAAAUCUGUGCUAGAAAGAGUUGUCUCAGUUAUCAAAUUCCUUGCUGAAAGAGGGCUCGCAUUUAGAGGACAUACUGAAAUAUUGGGGUCAAGUUCUAAUGGCAAUUUUUUGGGAAUUUUGGAGUUGAUUGCUCAGUUUGAUCCAUUCCUCUCCAGUUAUAUUGACAACCAUGGUGGUAAAGGGAAAGACUCUGUUUCAUACCUGUCAUCAACAAUUUGUGAUGAGUUAAUUGAUGUCAUGGGAAAGCAAGUUAUGAAAACAAUAUUGUCUGAAAUACGUGGAGCAAAAUUUUAUUCAAUUUCUGUUGACUCUACUCCAGACAUAUCUCAUGUUGAUAGGCUCAUGAAAGGACAUGGGGCAGAAGAUUUGUUUAACAGUUUAUACAGCUUUCUGGAAGAAGCAAAGUUGGAUAUAAAAUAUUGCCGAGGUCAGUCCUACGAUAAUGCUAGCAAUGUGGCAGGAAAAUAUUCAGGGUUACAGGCACGCAUUCGAGAGAAGAACCCAUUGGCUGAAUAUGUGCCAUGUUUUGCACACUCCCUUAAUUUAGUCGGUGCAUCAGCUGUAAACUGCGUGACAACAGUGAGUGGAUUUUUUGAUUUUGUACAAAACUUGUAUGUCUUUUUAAAUGCAUCAACCCAACGGUGGGAGCUUCUAACCAAAGGAUUGGAUAGUAACCAGUUAGUUCUAAAACGCCUUUCUGAUACUCGAUGGUCAGCACAUUCUGCAGCAACUAAAGCAUUGAGCAAAGGCUUUAAAUAUGUUAAGACAGUGUUAGAGAACAUUGCUGAGGACCCCGAGGAGAAGGUUGAAGCUCGCACUACAGCUGCAGGAAUUGCAAAGAAGAUGGAUCAGUUAGAAUAUGGAAUUUUAUUAGAACUCUGGACACCCAUAUUAGAUCGCUUUCAUAAGACCAGUUUAAAACUGCAAAGUCCACAACUUGAUCUAAAUGAGGCUGUUCAACUGUUAACUUCACUAAAAGAAUAUGUAAAUUCACUUCGAGCACAGUUUUAUUUCUUUGAGAAGAAAGGAAAGGAAAUAACAGGGUCAACUUCUUAUAAAGAAGAGAAUCAGAGGAAACGAGAGCGAAGUGUUCAAUUAACCCGUCAUGAUGGAUCAGCUGAUGAAACAGUGUUUUCGGCACAGCAGAAAUUUCGAGUCAUGGUUUUCUUGCCAGUACUUGAUCACUUGAAUUCAGCAUUAUGUAAACGAUCAGAGGCAUACAGUGGGGUAUGUGAUAAGUUUGGUUUUCUGAGAAAUAUUCGAUCACUGGAACAGUCUGAUUUGCGAAGAGCCAGUAGAAACUUGAUAGAUACUUAUGUAGAUGAUUUCGAAGAGUCAUUUGAAGAUGAAAUACUUCACUUCAAAGAAUAUUUGUUUGCUGAUACGUACUUGCAACAGAAUGAGAAAGAACUGAAAUGUAGCAUAGAGCUGUAUAUGUAUCGGGCUUUGAGAAACAGCAGUGCACUACAAGAUAUAUUUCCAAAUGUUGCCACAGCACUUCACAUAUACCUCAGUUUGAUGAUCACCAACUGCAGUGAUGAAAGAUCAUUCUCUGCAUUGAAACGGAUAAAAAACUAUCUGCGAAGUGCUUUGGGUGAUGACAAACUGAAUUCCCUUACUGUUAUGUGUACUGAAUCUGACAUCCUAAGAAGCUGUGACUUCAAUGAAAUUUUAUCAGACUUUGUUGAACGAAAAUGCAGAAAAAUGAAUUUUUGA